GAUUUUGCGAGGGGAUUUUCGCACAAUUUUUGGGCAGCCGACCAGGAUUUGAGUGACUUUCAUGUUUUUUUUGAAUCCCACAGGCUGCGGGCAUCCCGCGUGCUGCUGGUGGGGCUGAAGGGGCUGGGGGCGGAGGUGGCCAAAAACCUCAUCCUGGCUGGGGUCAAGGCACUGACCCUGCUGGACCACCACCAGGUCUCCCCGGAGGACACUGGGGCCCAAUUCCUCAUCCCCGCCGGCUCCUUGGGGCGCAACCGCGCCGAGGCCUCGCUGGAGCGGGCGCAGAACCUCAACCCCAUGGUGGCCGUCAAGGCCGACCCUGAGAGCGUGGAGAGCAAACCCGAGGAGUUCUUCACCCACUUUGACGCCGUGUGCCUGACGUGCUGCUCCCGCGACGUGAUGGUGCGUGUUGACCAGAUCUGCCACAAGCACGGCGUCAAGUUCUUCACUGGCGAUGUGUUUGGCUACCAUGGCUACAUGUUUGCCGACCUGGGCGAGCACGAGUUUGUCGAGGAGAAAACCAAAGUGGCCAAAGCCAGCCCGGCCGUGGAAGAUGGCCCCGACACCAAAAAAGCCAAGCUGGACCCCUCGGAGACCACCAUGGUGAAGAAGCGGGUCCUCUUCUGCCCACUGAAGGAAGCGCUGAGCGGCGCCGGGGUGGCGUUGAAGCGCGCCGCGCCCGAUUAUUUCCUCCUCCAAGUGCUGCUGCGGUUCCGCGCGGCCGAGGGCCGGGACCCGGUGCCACAACGUUACGCCGAGGAUGCCGAGCGGCUGCUGCGGCAUCGCGGGGCCGUGCUAGAGGAGCUGGGCGCCGGGGCCGAGGCGCUGCCGGCCGGCUUCGUUAGGUUGGCUGCUUCAUUAAUUAGUUGGG